CCCUGGCACUUCCUAAGAGACCUCAGCUCAUUCUCUGCAGCUGCUACUUGAAGACUCCACGCUUUCCCUCCAGAGGAAAGAAACCAUCUAUCUAAAUCAGCUGCGCUCCCCUCGUGCCUCGUUUCUCCCUCCGCCAGCCUCCACCCCCACCCUUUCUAUUGUAUUGUGCGUUUAGCUCGGCUUCCUGCGUGAGACCUUCACUUCGUUUGAGCAGGAGGGAAUACCUAGAAUUCAGAAACAUCGAGUUACAAUGGAGCUGUAUGGAAAGAUGGCCUCUGCCCAAGACACCAGGUAUGGCCAGAAAGACUCCUCUGAUCAGAACUUUGACUACAUGUUCAAACUGCUCAUCAUUGGCAACAGCAGUGUGGGGAAAACAUCUUUUCUGUUCCGUUACGCGGAUGACUCCUUCACCUCUGCCUUCGUCAGCACCGUUGGGAUCGAUUUCAAAGUCAAAACUGUUUUCAAAAAUGAAAAGAGAAUCAAGCUUCAGAUUUGGGUAAGUGGCUUUGAACUGACAGAAUUCUUCAGUCUAGGGCAUUGA